CAAUGUAACACUUCCUCUCAUGUAGCUGUGGCUGGUACAGUACUGUACUGUCCCUGUGUAGCAUUCACUUGUAUAUACAGUAGGUCUACUUAACAGGCUGAUAUGACUGGAGAAGUAUUAAACGAGCUGCGAGGCCCGACAUGGAUCCUGGACCGUCGCAACAGUGGCAAGCUGUUCUGGCGGAGGGACUCAACUUCGGAGAAGAACAGAGUCAAGUUCCGCUGUGAUGUGGAGGUGAUGGAGUACGUGAAGCUGGAGCCUGAGCCUCCGCAGUACGAGGACUGGAGCUCGGACGAGGAGGACGACGAGAGGUUCGGCUGGCGUCUGCGGCCCUGGGACCAGGAGAUCCCGCCUCCUAGCGGCUUCUGGGGCGGAGUGUGUAUGGUAGUGAUAGCAGCGGUGGUCACCUACCAGUGGCUGGUUGUAUGACACAGGCCACACGAUAGGUUGAGACAAGCAACGACAUAUUGCCGCACGUCCGGGCCGGCUACCUGGAGGAACCAAAGCGAGAUGCUUCAAAUAGGUUUAUUACUUGAGUAGUUAUUUUAAAAUUGAUUUAAAGCUACAAGUUCUUUAUUGUGUUUCAAAAUUUAGUAAUUUAAUAUAAUCAGGCCUUUUUAUGAAUAUUUUUUAGAAACGGUGCAAUCAUUUAUUAGCAACAAAAUUUUGCUAAACAAUAUUUUCAAUAUUCUAUCCAGUUUUGAUAUGGUGCAAAGUAUCUGUUUUGAUAAUUCAUCAAUGCAAUAUUCGUGACCAUAUAAAUAUCCAUAGUGAAAUGACAAGUUCAUUAUAAAAAGUUAAAACAAUAUACCUAUUUAUUCUUCUUUGCUACCGUAACACACUGUACUUGAAAAUGUUCAAGUACUACAAGUGGGCAUCCUAAAUCUCAGAGUUUAGUGAAGAAUAACAUGCCAUUACCAACUUAAGGAAGUUGGUAAUGGCAUAAAAUAUACUAUUAAGCUUCAAAAACAUAAAAGAAUGUUGCUUUUCUUUAAUUUAAAAGGUUAAAUAAAAGAAAAGCAAUAUAUUUUAUGUUUUUGAAGCUUAAUUGUAUAUUUUGUACCUAGGUCCGAAAAAUAAGAUUUUGCCGGCUCGAGAUAGUUUUAGGAAACGAUUGAGAGCUGCAAAACCAUUUCAGUCCGUGGUACAAUCGCUAUUUUUCACCACACUAUAUCCUAUUACCACUAUUCACCACAAUAAUAAUGCACACUACAACUGGAUAGUCAACACAACUACAUGACUAUGUGAAAAAAUAAUUUGAGGAAUCAGCAAAAAUUAUAAUAAAUAAUAAUAAUAAUAAAAGUUGCUAGGCAGCGGUGAAUAUAAAACAAUGUUAUUGCAAUGCUAUGGAUACUGAUUGUGUAUUAAAUAUGCAUUCAUAUUUUAAGAAAGUAAGCGGGCAGCUGAUUUUGCGGUCUAGGGAUGUAAAAACCUACUCGGUCCCCAAAUGAUAAUGACAGCUGGCAUGGCCAGCAAAACCUAGCUUUCAGCACAGAAAACGUACUACUAUAACCCAGAAUGCCAACCG